AUGGCGUGUUCCAAGAAGACUCUCGCAAUUGUCGUUGUUCCACUGCUGAUGGCUCUCCUUGCCUCGGCCAUUCCAGCAAGCCCAGGCAGUCGUGCCCUAUUAGGAGCAGAGCAGUGCUCCAAAUCUGACAACUGCAACGAACAGUCGUGUGCGGCGACGUGCGCCGUCUUGGGGUUGAAUGCUGUUGGGGGCACAAAUGUCACCUCCGUGAUAGUUAGGGUGCUUGAAAUUGUGAUAUAA